AUGGCAGAACAAGAGGUACUUAUGAAACUGUUGCAGAUGCAAAGCAAAUUACUGGAGCAAUUGACUCAAAGAUCAAAGCAGCCAGUAGAAAAUUCAAAGGAACAGUUGAUGGAGUCAUUGGCAAAAAGCAUAGCAGAAUUUUGCUAUGAUGCCACAAACGCACUCACAUUCGACACGUGGUAUGCACGUCACGAAGACGUUUUCUUGGUCGAUGGCAAAGAUUUGGACGAAGCAUCACGUGUUCGCCUCUUAAUGAGGAAGCUAAAUCCAAUAGCGUAUAACAAGUAUGCAACAUAUAUUUUACCAAAAAAUCCACGAGAUUUCACAUUCGAAGAAACAAUCUCCAAGCUGGGAGAAAUGUUCGGUGCAAAUGAAUCGCUCUUCAGUAUAAGAUACAAAUGUUUGCAAAUUAGUAAGAAUCAACAGGAAGACCUGGUAUCGUAUGCAGCCAGGGUCAAUGCUCAAUGUGAAAAAUUUAGACUGUCGGAACUUUCGGCAGAUCAAUUCAAAUGUCUCAUCUAUGUAUUUGGGUUGCAAGCACACACAGAAGCCGACAUUCGUAUAAAAAUAUUGGCAAAACUAGAAGAAGAUUCACAGCAAACAUUAAACUCUCUGGUGAGCCAUGCGCAAAAAUUCAUCAAUCUAAAGAAAGAUACAGCAAUCGUGGAAGAGACAAAAGCCGUAAUAGCCAACGCAAUACAUGCAAAUACAUGCCAAAGCAAGAACGAUGCAACUAAAAAUAGCAAAACAAAUAAGGCGAAGAUUCCAAAAACACCCUGCUGGAAUUGCGGAGACAUGCACUAUGCAAAAUAUUGUACAUAUCACAAUCAAAAGUGUAACAAGUGCAACAAAUACGGUCAUAAGGAGGGGUACUGUAAUUCAUACAGCGCCAGCAAAAGCAAAAGCACAAAACCUCAGCGACACAAGCAACAACAAACGAGCAACAAAGGUCACAACAGUUGCUUACAAGUAAAUUCAAUAACGCAUGUUAAUCGACGCAAAUACACAACAGUAAGCAUAAAGCCGAUAGAAACCGCAACUUCAUCGUUUCCGUCGUGUGAUGUCAGAAUGCAGGUGGACACCGCCUCGGACGUCUCGCUAAUCGGAAAGUCCACAUGGAUACAAAUGGGUCAACCGGGAAUACGGUUGGAGAACAAAUACGUUACCAGCGCAUCAAAAGAUAAGAUUCAACUACUAGCCGAAUUUUCUUGUGAAGCUAGGCUAAACGGGGAAGUACAAUACUGUCAUUUAUUCGUAACAAAUAUUGAUUCUUUGAACAUCUUAGGAGUUGACUGGUGUGACAUUUUCCAUAUUUGGGAAAAGCCUCUCAAUCUCAUUUGUAACAACAUCAUAUCGGUUCAAGAUCAACAAUCUACUUUUUUGAAGCAUAUACAGCAAGACUAUGCGGACAUAUUCAAGCCAAAUCUGGAAAGUUGUAGCACAGUUACAUCAGCAUUGCAUCUAAAGCCGGAUGCUAAACCAAUUUUUCGCGCAAAAAGUCCAGUAGCAUAUUCCAUGCUACCGUACAUUGAAGAAGAACUAAAUAGAUUACAUCAAUUAGGGGUUAUCACCCCUGUAGAAUUUUCUGAAUGGGCAGCGCCUAUCGUAGCAGUGAAGAAACCGUCUGGCAAGGUUCGGAUCUGUGGCGAUUAUUCAUCAGGGCUAAACGCAUGGUUAGAGCCGCAUCAAUAUCCGCUGCACACGCCAGAAGAAAUUUACGCAAAGGUCGCGGGAAGUCAUUGUUUUACCAUAAUAGACCUAUCAGACGCGUAUCUACAGAUACCCGUCACAGCAGAGUCAGCCAAGCUGCUCACCAUUAACACGCAUAUGGGUCUGUUUACGUUCAAUCGACUCGCACCAGGUAUCAAAAGCGCUCCAGGAGCGUUCCAACAAAUCAUGGACACCAUAUUGGCAGGCAUAGAUGACACCGUCGCUUACAUAGAUGACAUCAUUAUAGGCGGUGCAACCUUUGAGAAACAUGUCGAAAACCUUCAUAAAGUGGCGCAACAGCUACAGAAGUAUAAAUUUCGGGUCCAGUUCGACAAAUGCAAAUUUUUUGCUGCACAGGUAAAAUAUUUGGGAAACAUUUUAAGCAAAACAGGUAUAAAACCUGACCCCACCAAAAUAAGCCAGAUUCUAGCACUACCAGAACCCAAAAAUGUGUCAGAAGUCCGAGCAUUUCUGGGCAGUGUAAACUAUUAUGGAAAAUUCAUCGCAGAAAUGUCCAAAGUCAGAGCACCUUUGGACAAAUUGCUUCAUAAAAAUGAAAAGUUUAAUUGGAACGCUGAUUGCCAAAAAGCCUUCGAGCAAUUCAAACGCAUUUUAAAUUCAGAUUUAAUGCUUACGCAUUAUAACCCCAAUUUACCAUUGAAAGUGGCAGCAGACGCCUCCAAUAGAGGAAUCGGUGCGUUUAUUUGUCACGUUUUUCCGGACGGAUCAGAGAAGGUUAUACAACACGCCUCAAAAGUUUUAACGGAUGCAGAGCAAAAGUAG